AUGUAUCUCUCUAUCUCAGUCAUUCAACUGUGGGAGGAAUUGAAGUCAAAUCGUCUAGCCAAAUACGGCACAGUAACUGCGAUCUCAGCUAUUAGUUUGGUUCUGCUGAAAAAGUGGAUUGCAGGUGGAGUAUGCCGCUGUCAUGUGCGAUUGGAUGGAAAGACAGUUGUCAUAACUGGUGCCAACACUGGCAUCGGAAGAGAGACAGCACGUGACUUGGCCAUAAGAGGGGCUCGGGUUGUGAUGGCUUGUCGGGAUCUUUCAAGAGCAGAAAAGGCUGCAGCAGAGAUUCGCAGGUCUACAGGAAAUGGCAACAUAGUAGUUCGGCACUUAGAUCUGGCAUCUCUGUUCUCUGUACGGCAGUUUGCUCAAGAAUACACUGCCACUGAGGAUCGACUGGAUAUACUUAUUAACAAUGCUGGAGUAAUGAUGUGCCCUAAAAGCCUUACGGAAGAUGGCUAUGAAACCCAGUUUGCUGUCAAUCAUUUGGGCCAUUUCCUCCUGACUGUUCUGCUCCUGGACAUGCUGAAGAACUCUAUUCCAAGUCGCGUUGUUAAUGUGUCCAGCAUUGCUCACAAUGGAGGUAAGAUCCACUUUGAUGACCUUAACUUCAACAAAGCACCAUACGAUUCCCUGGUCAGCUACAGGCAAAGCAAACUUGCCAACCUGCUGUUUACUCGCGAGUUAGCAAGGAGGGUUAAAGGGUCUGGUGUAACAGUGUAUGCCCUUCACCCUGGAGUAAUCCGCACUGAACUGGGCCGUUACGUGCAGACUAGACAUCCACUGCUCAGUGCCCUGUUGUCUCUUCCUGCCCUCCUACUGAUGAAAAACCCAAAGCAAGGUGCUCAGACCUCCAUCUACUGUGCAGUUGCUGAGGGGCUGGAGACUUACAGUGGCUGCUACUUUAGUGAUUGUAAGCUGAAGGAACCAGCUCCAGAAGGUAAAGAUGAUCUCGCUGCCCUGAGGUUGUGGGAAGUUAGUGCAAAGCUUGUGGGCUACAGUGAAGAGGACUAACACCCCCAACAUCUCAUCAAGCCCUACUCUUA